ACUAAUGAAGCCAUUUGUGACGACAUAGCCUUGUUGCUAAGCUGCCUAGCAAUGUGUAAGUCGGAGAUGAUCAGUCUCUCGCCUAAUUUUUAAUUUCUAGUUUAAUUCUUGGAUUACCACAAUGAAUAUCAGGUUAUUCUUGAUAUUUGUGGUAAUGCUGUGUGCUGUGCAUCAAGGUCCUGCUGCAUAUCGGGACCUUACGUGCGUGGAGCCUGAGCCAAGAUAUGCCCAAAAAUUGUUCCAUUAUUUCACCGUAUCUGGAAUUGAAAAAGUAUGCGUAACGCCUGCUUAUCCCACACGGCGAAUUGGAAAUGAAGUAUUCUGUAUCCUACUAAGUAAGCUUCUAGCCCUGCUGUUGGGCUAUGUGCCGUCUAUUGGACACAUCGCCAGAGAGAAAUGGUCAGCCAUGGUGUCAAUGUUCCAAGGAUGGAGAGCUAGCCCGUCCCUCUGCCGUCACUGCGGAACUGUCCCGUGUCAGGUCAAACGAAAAUGCCUAUGGAUGCCAUCCGGGCCUCGCAAGAAGGACAAGGCCAAUUCCGCGGAGCGGUCAAAGGCAAUGAUGCUGUUCAGCUAUGGACUGGAAUUGUCUGUCCAGUUGACCAAGGAGCUGCCACAGGACGACCUGUACUGGCAGAGGAGAUUCUGUGAUCGAUUUGAGGAGAAGCAUAUGGUUCUGUUCCCACUGUGCAUCCAGCGUCAGAUCAACCUCUGGUACCCUGUUCCUCCCUAGGCCUAGAUUUAUUGCCAGUAUUGGAAAAGCUUGCUACGGUGGAUUAUGCAAUUGAGCUUUUUUAUGGAUGCCAUCAAUUAAAUGUUCGAUUCGGUGCGCCUUGAUUAUUUAUUUUUUUGUUUUUGUAACGGUCAGUCCCUGACUGGUUCUAACGCUGUGCAUCAUGAUACCGUCAAGUGGUCUUACGAAGAAUUCUGCGGGAUGGCUGUUGUAUUUAUCGUUAAAAACUUUACUGAUCUUGUUCAUUUAUGGUCGCAU